CUGUCAAAAUGUGUGGUGAGAUAAUUGUGUUGUGAUUCUUGUUGAAAUUCCCUCAAAAUUGCAUUUCACACUGAGUGUUAAGUAAAUUCAGAGCUUCUUUGAAUUCCGUUUUGAAGUGCUGCGAAAAUAUUUUCACUUAAAAGUCUCAUUCCAGCCGCGCAGAGAGUCAAAUAGUCCCAAAAAACGAUGAUCCGAAAUCCCGCCAAAGCUGCUCUUCGUCUUCGCAUUAAGGCCAAAUUGGAGGCCAUGACGCCCGAAGGAAGAGACACACAAUCCAAAGCAAUCGCGGCAAAGGUUUUGGCGCUGCCAGAGUUCAAAGCGGCCAAGAGGAUCAGUGUUUAUCUCUCCACAGACGCCGAGGUCAACACUGUUGAGCUGCUGCGGGAGAUGUUCAACCAGAAGAAGGAGGUUUACGUGCCAACUUACCACAAGAGCACGAUGGAAAUGGUGAAACUGAAGGACUUUGCGGACUACGAGGCUCUGCCGCUGACUAGCUGGAAGAUUAAGCAGCCCAAGUGGUCGGACAAUCGCGAAUCUGCACUCGAGUCAGGUGGUCUGGAGCUGGUUCUGAUGCCCGGCGUCGCCUUCACGGAGUCUCACGGACGCUGUGGCCAUGGCAUGGGCUACUAUGACAAGUUCCUGGCGCGCCUCAUUGAGAAAUUCGGCCGGGAGAGCGUCAAACUCAUCGCCGUGGCGUUCAAGGAGCAAAUUGUCGCCGACGAUGAACUCCCAAUGGAUGCGACUGAUGUUCGCCUGGACGGCGUGAUUACAGCUUAAUCCCUU